UCGCAGUUUUUAAGAAGAAAAGAAAAGCUUUUGAGCACUUCGCUCCUCUGUUUCUUCUUCUUCUUCAUUUACUACUUAUACUCUUUAAAUUUCUUCCACUUCCUCCAUCUCCUUCCUCCGCUACUGCCAAUCACCCACAUCCAUACCCAUUAUUAUUUUUAUUCCUCUGACUCCAUCAUUAAUGCCUUAUGGGGUUUCCAAUCUCUAAAACCUUACUCCCCCGCCUCUCUCGCUGCUUUUCCGGCGAACUCUCCGCCUCGAUUCUUUCCCUCACUCAUUUUUCUUGCUACCUCAAAUUCUUUCCAAUUUUUUAACCUUCUUAAUCUCAACUCUUCCCUUCAAGUGUUACAGUUUCCUUUUCAUUUUUAUUUUAUUUAUAAAAAUAAAAAAUUGGCGGGUGUUAUAGGGUUCUUCCACAUUAAUGCGAGUUAGUUUGUGGGAAGAUCAGUAUAGGUUUGCUUUUAGUACCAGUGAGUAUUUCUAAUUUUUUUUAUUUAUUGGUUUUUUUUUAAUUUCAAAAUAAAGAAUCGGAAACAGAAACUACAGUGGAAAGAGGAAAGUGGGUUUCCUGUGGAUUUUGUUUGUUUUAUUCCUUUACUCCAAAACUUAACCCAUUGUCUUUUCGAAUAUCUCUCUUCGGGUUGUUGGUCCUGUAACUAGUUUGAUCUUCAAUCAUUUGUUUUUUAAGUUUAUUAUUUUUAUUUUUUUUUUGAAAAGAAAAGCUCUGUUUCGUGUGUCCUCUCCCUGCUGUUGCAGCACCUUCAGCGCUUCACUAUUCUCACCUUCUAUUCUCUAAUUUUAGAUUCAAACUAUUCAGAAAAUAAAAAAUAUAUAUAUAUUUUUUCUCUUUAUUGUUAGUUGUAACCUCCAUAUCAUUUUACAUGUGAAGCUUCCUCUCUCUUUAUUGUUGUGAUUUAUUCCCAUCAUGGUUUGUCCAUAUGGCUUAGCCUUUUUAUGCAGUAGCGUUUUUUCUUUUUUAAAUUUUUCAUGAAGGCCUUCCUUUUUUAGCAGAAAUUGUUUUGAAUAUGAAAUUGAAGAAGAUGAUGUUAUUCAACUACUUCGUUUUUCUUCUUCUUCUACUAGUUCCUGUUUUUGUAAAGUCCUUAGACCCAUCUUUCAACGAUGAUGUUCUUGGGUUAAUAGUUUUCAAGGCUGGUCUGCAGGACCCAGAGUCUAAACUUACUUCAUGGAAUGAAGAGGACGAAAAUCCUUGUAACUGGGUUGGUGUCAAAUGCGACCCUAAAACCCAGAGAGUGACUGAAUUGGUCCUUGAUGGCUUCUCUCUUUCUGGGCACAUUGGCCGUGGCCUGAUAAGGCUGCAAUUUCUUGAGAUUCUUUCACUGUCAAACAACAAUUUCACUGGUAAUAUAAACCCUGAUCUUGCUCAGCUUGGGGGUUUGCAAGUUAUCGACUUGAGUCAUAACAAUCUCUCAGGUAUUAUCCCUGAUGGAUUUUUUAAGCAAUGUGGGUCGUUGAGAUCAGUUUCAUUUGCUAGAAACAAUCUUUCAGGGCAGAUUCCUGAAUCUUUGAGCUGGUGUACUACAUUGGCAGCAAUUAAUUUGUCGUCUAAUAAGCUUUCUGGGGAAUUACCAUCCGGAUUAUGGUUUUUGAGGGGCCUUCAAUCCCUUGAUUUAUCUGAUAAUUUGUUGGAGGGAGAGAUUCCUGAAGGGAUUGCAAAUUUAUAUGAUUUGAUAGCUAUUAAUUUGCAGAAGAACAAGUUCUCUGGAGAGCUUCCAGUAGAUAUUGGAGGUUGUGUGCUUUUGAAAAUUCUUGAUUUUAGUGAGAAUUCUCUGUCUGGUAACCUUCCAGAGUCGUUGCGGAGACUUAGGUCUUGUACUUCUCUUAGAUUAAGAGGGAAUUUAUUUGCAGGUGAAGUUCCUGCGUGGAUUGGUGAAUUAACAAAUCUCGAGCGUUUGGAUCUUUCUGCUAAUAAUUUUUUGGGUCGAGUUCCAGCUUCAAUAGGUAACCUUAACUUACUGAAGGAAUUGAAUCUGUCUGUGAACCAUCUUACAGGAGGGUUACCAGAAUCAAUGGCUAAUUGUCCUAACCUUUUGGUUCUUGAUGUAAGCCAGAAUCGAUUGACUGGUAAUCUUCCUCCAUGGGUUGUCAAGACGGGUUUAAAAAGUAUCUCACUUUCUGGGAACAGCCUCAGUAAGAGUAUGCAAUAUCCUUCAGUUACCUCCUUGGAAGCCUCUACUGAAGGUCUUAAGGUCUUGGACCUAUCAUCAAAUGUCUUAUCUGGUGAAAUUCCAUUCGAUAUUGGGAACCUUAGCAGUUUGCUGGUCUUGAAUGUAUCCAGAAACCGACUCUUUGGUUCUAUCCCAUCAAGUAUAGGAGAGUUAAAAAUGUUGCAAGUUCUUGAUUUGAGUGAUAAUAAGCUAAAUGGAAGAAUUCCUUCCGAAAUUGGAGGAGCAGUUGGACUAGUGGAACUGAGAUUAGAGAACAACUGCAUAACUGGGAAAAUUCCAAUUCAAAUACAAAAUUUCUCCUCUUUAACAUCUCUAAUUCUGUCUCAUAACAACCUCACUGGUCCAGUCCCUGCAGCCAUUGCAAACCUAACCAACCUCCAAUAUGCAGACUUAUCUUUCAACAACCUCUCUCAAAGCUUACCGAAGGAGCUGACAAAUCUUUCCAACCUUGUAUCCUUCAAUAUUUCCCAUAACAACCUGCAAGGUGAGCUACCAGUUGGGGGUUUCUUCAAUACCAUUUCCCUGUCAGCUGUUGCUGGUAAUCCAUCCCUAUGUGGUUCUGUUGUCAACCGCUCCUGCCCUUCUGUCCAUCCAAAGCCCAUUGUUCUAAACCCUAACUCUUCUUCCUCCAAUAAUGGCUCCUCUUUGAAUCACAAUCACCGGAAAAUUGCACUCAGCAUCUCUGCUCUCGUUGCUAUUGGUGCUGCUGCUUUUAUUGCCUUUGGUGUGGUAGCUGUAUCUCUUCUCAACAUCCACGUCCGAUCUUCCAUGGCACAAACUCCUGUUGCACUUACUUUAUCAGGUGGAGAAGAUUUCAGUUGUUCCCCCACUAAUGACCCAAACUAUGGCAAGCUUGUCAUGUUUUCUGGAGAUGCUGAUUUUGUUGCUGGGGCCCAUGCAUUACUCAACAAGGACUGUGAACUUGGUCGUGGUGGAUUUGGCAUUGUUUACCGAACAAUACUUCGAGAUGGUCGUUCAGUUGCCAUAAAGAAGCUAACAGUUUCGAGUUUAAUCAAGUCCCAGGAAGAAUUUGAGAGGGAAGUAACAAGACUUGGAAAGAUUAGGCACCAUAAUCUCGUGGCACUGGAAGGUUACUAUUGGACUCCAUCUUUGCAACUCCUUAUUUAUGAAUACAUAUCCAGUGGAAGUUUGUAUAAACACCUCCAUGAUGGACCCACCACAAACUGCUUGUCCUGGAGACAGAGAUUCAACAUAAUUCGAGGGAUAGCGAAAGGUUUGGCCCAUUUGCAUCAUAUGAACGUAAUUCACUAUAAUCUAAAAUCAACCAACAUUCUGAUAGAUGAUUCUGGUGAGCCAAAAGUGGGAGACUUUGGCUUGGCAAGACUGUUACCAAUGCUGGAUCGUUGCAUCCUAAGCAGCAAAAUCCAGAGUGCAUUAGGCUACAUGGCUCCUGAGUUUGCUUGUCGCACUGUGAAGAUAACUGAGAAAUGUGAUGUUUAUGGGUUUGGGAUCUUAGUUUUGGAGGUGGUGACAGGUAAGAGACCAGUGGAAUAUAUGGAGGAUGAUGUUGUGGUCCUGUGCGACAUGGUGAGGGGAGCUCUAGAGGAUGGCAGGGUGGAGGAAUGUAUUGAUGGAAAGCUUCGAGGAAAUUUUCCUGCAGAAGAGGCAAUUCCGGUAAUAAAACUUGGUUUAAUAUGUGCAUCUCAAGUGCCAUCAAACAGGCCAGAUAUGGAGGAAGUGGUCAAUAUUUUAGAGCUAAUCCAAUGUCCUGCAGAGGGUCAAGAGGAGUUGGAAUGAGUUGAACCCACAGAGUUCAAGAAACAUACAAAAAACUGUGUUCUCCGGCGAACAAGAAUCCGGUUUGUUUGUUCAAAAAGAUGAAAAGAGUAUAUUCCCCCUACAAAUACUUAUUUGUUAUUGUAAUUUUGUUUGUGUCUUUUUCCCCCUUGUAUUCUCUUAUUUCUAUCACAGUUUUUGUUACCGGAUUCUUUUUCACCGGUCGGAUAUGGAGCACUUGAGAUAUGGUAUCAAUGAUAUUGCUCUCUUAUAGAGCAAGCAGAUCAUACUUGUCUUGACUGAAUCUAUCUUUUGUUCUUAUUACGAUGUCUGUUUCAUAUUGUUGGUGGGACUCAUUCUGAUA